GCUUUUUCUUAGUCAUUUGCUAGAAAACGUUCUCCUUCCCCGAAUCAUAUAUGGCCACUUGUUACUCAAUGUAAACGCUCAUAGCAUCGAAGCUGUUACAAAUUCCAGGCCAUUUGCACAAAUAGUACCCGCGUGGUAAGGUCGACUACGUUCUUUAUCUUGGGUUCUCAUGCACGCAUUACAUCUGGCCAUCGUAUCAGGGACUGCCACGAGGAACCAAUAGGGAUCCCGGUAUGAAGGGUUGAAUGAGCGCCGUCGAUAUGCGUCACCCAUUGAAGGAGUCCGCAGCAUGAGCAAUGACAAGUUGGAAAAUCCAAUAGAGAUUCCAGAACCGGUUUGCGCAGGGUUUGCCUACCUCAUACUCUCGAGUUUCGGUUCUUCGCCCGUCCCUGGAAGUUAUCUCUUUCCGCGGAGGCCUGAUUUCUGUGACCGCAUUACGCAAACUUGGAUAUUCCGCGGAUGGUGUUCUAUGGCCUCUAUGUAGGGUUACGUCUUGGGAAGGUAGAACUAAAAUAUCUCGGGAAGUCUGAAGAAGUACCGGUUACGAAGGAUUCGGGAUAAUCGAUAAAGAUCUAAAUGGCACCUAAUUUCGGGAUACAACGCAAAAAUGCAAUUUGAUCGCUGGGCCCAUCGUACCGUUUCCCCCAUCGAAAGCACAGACCUCAACAUUCUCCGUCAGAUAGAGUUACCAGGCUGGAGCGACAGAGAAGUCAACUAUGAGUUUCUUGGAAAGACAUGAGGAAGAUCCAGAGUGUGGAACGUUGCAGAUCAUGGUGAAUGAAUGGUCGAUUAAAGAUGAUAGAAAUCGUACGUUCAAUUACAGAUAUUUUUGGGACAUGCCCCACAUGGAUACAAGGUGACUUUCGUACCAAUUCACCCUUCUCGAGACGCCGACUGCACGCCCUCUACCCAUCACCAUUUCACACAACUUGCAACCCCGAUAACGCCCAUGUCAGAUCGAUAUGGUGUCUUGCGGCCCGUGACGGUAAGGUGGAGAGCAUGUUUCAACCCAUUCCAGGGCUAUAAAAACAAAAAACAUCUCAGGUUACUCGUAGCUCUCAAUUUUGACCUUUACCUCCCAUCAUCGCCAUUACCAUGAACUCUGCAUACUUCUACGACGACCAACCCGGCGCUGAAGCGCCUCUUCACAAGGGGGCUUCCGUCUCUUCAGAGGUACUGGCAUCUUUGGGUAUUCAAAUCAUUCCUGUUCCUCAGCAAGGAUAUGAAGCCCGCUUAAAGGCCAUCGCUGCGCAACGCGGUUACCCCGCCGACAUUGACAUCCAAGCGAUCCAAUCGACCUCCGCAGCCAACGAGAAGACAUGGUCUACAGAGCACAUUUUCCUUAACGAAGUUAUGUGGUACACCCUGCAAAGCAACAACUUUGUUGAUUUCAGAGACCUCAGCAACAAUUGGAUUCGUGUACCCCUUACGGCCAACACUCUAUACAUCACCCCCGCUGGUAUCUUCAAUCGCUACAUCAGUGUCGACAAGAAUGAAUCUGCCCUUGUCUUGAGCAAGGGCCAAUUCGGGUUUGUUGAAAGGAAAGGGACGGAGCUCGACAACCACCCCGUUCGACUCAACUAUCUCAACAGUGUCGGAAAGUAG